AUGCACUUGCAACGGACCCAUCUCGACCGGGCUCAAUCCCUCCGGCAGCAGCGCAAUCUCCCCGCGAACAUCACCGACAACGCGGGUCGAACUGUGCGCUCCUGGAUCGCUUCGUCGGGGCUCAUGAAACUGCCCACUGGCAGGGACCGUGUCCAGCGAUUUGAGCAAUUUCUGCUAGAUCGGGGCAUCGAUCCCAACCUCACUUCGGGUGAGACUCCGUUGCAUUGGGCGGCCAAUAUCGGGGACCAUGCGAUGGUAGAAAGUCUCUUGCAGAACGACAUCGUUCCGCCGGAUGCGCCAGAUCUUCGAAACCGCACGCCUUUGUCACGAGCUGCAGCGGGAGGCCAUUGCCAGAUUGCGAAGUGUUUGCUGGCGACGGACAAGGUCGAUCCAGACCGGAAGGAUGGACGCGGGAGAACGCCGCUCUCAUGGGCAGCUGAACACGGACAUCUGACGACGGUGGAAGUGUUGAUUCGAUACGAGGCCAAUGUGGACAUCCACGACGACGAGGGCCAAACUCCGCUGUGGUGGUUCAUCACCAACGGGUCGAAACGACGUCCCGAGUCGUCUCCAGUUGACUUUCCGCACUGGUUGAAAUUGCUGGGUCCCACGAACGGCUCGGAGCCGGUGCCCAAGACGCGACGCACGCCGCUAUCCUGGGCUUGCGAAAGGGGAGAUCUCCCUCUGGUCGGGCAUCUGCUGCAGACGACGUGGGCUGAUCCGAACUCGGUGGAUCGGUAUCGUAAAACGCCCCUGAUCUACGCCAUGGAGCGGAAUCACCACGAGAUCGUCGAGCUGCUGAUCUCAGGACGCCACGAGAAACGCGACAUUGUGUCGCUGCGCAUGAUGAUCCAGGAGAGCCGGUCUCGUCUGUUGAAGCCGUUCCUGGAACGGUUCCAGCCCAGUCUGGAGAGAGAGGACGACUCCAGCUCGGUGCCCUUGAUGCGAAUCGCCCUGCAGCAAAGUGACCGGGCCACGGUCCUGGUGCUGCUGGAGCACAAGGCCAGCAUCAAGGGCCUCGACAACGGGGACUGGUUCGGGCCCUGCAGUACGGAGACACUGAGCAACGAGCUACAGUGGACGAGUACGACCCCCGAUCAACCGUGGACGAGCCCCAAACUACCAGUGAGGUUGGCCAAUGAGCCCACCGCGGUAGGCUCCAGUUCCAUCCCGGUGAUGCGAAUGGCAAUUCAGGACGGCGACCGCGCCGUGGUGACGGCUCUGCUGCACCAACGGGCCCGCAUCAUGGAUCUAGAAGAGGACGAGGAGAACUUUAACCAGUACAAUAACAACAGCAAGCCCAGCGUAGCGGUGGAUAUCAUGGCUCUGCGCGACGGACGGCACAAGGUGCGAUGGAUCCUCGACGAGGAGCUGGACGAGGAGUUGCGUAAGCUUCCCAAGACCAGCACGGAGGAAAUUCACCUGAUGCUCUUCCGUGAAAACUACGCCUGGCGCACCUAUCAUCGAAUGAGCCAUGUACCCAACGAGCUCUGGUUCUCACUGGGCAGCAAAGGACCCUGUCGGACGUUCACUCUGUCCAUCCAGAUGAAUCUCAAGCUGGAAGACGAUCCCAGCAGCGUCGAGGGCGACGACGACGACGACGACUACACCGUGCGCACCAUCCAAUGGACCGUUCUGGAGGCACCACCCAAGUCAAUCUGCUACUUCAGCAACCUGCCGUAUGGCUACAUCCCGCAGAACGACCUGGAGCUGGUGCAACAGUUCAUGCGGAUAUUUCGCAAGGACUGGAUGGCCUAUUGUCACGCUGCGAGGCGACAUCUUGGCCAGCUGCGAUCCCAUCAACUGACGGCGCGCGGCAAAGACGACCGACUGAUAGACACGGUGGCCGAGAAGAUGCUCAUCUGGACGCAUAUCCAAGGCACGCUGGCUAACCAGCUCAACCAGGCACGGAACUUCGUCAUGCAGUAUCAACACUUCAGCGAGACACGGCACUUCAGCGACCAGAUGAGCCACACCAUCGAUACGUUCGACCGCGACGUGUCCAGUCAGAUCGAGAAGCUGGAACAGAUGUUUCGUGAUCUCCUCCAAAUCGAAUUCGCAUGGACCACGAUCAACGAGGCGCAUCGAUCCACCAGUCUCGCUACCAGUAUGAACCGACUCAGCUGGAUCACGUUCAUCUUUCUGCCGCUGACCUUUGCCUCGAGUCUGUUUGGCAUGAACGUAGACAUCCUGGCUGAUAACCCGACCUGGCUCUGGUAUCCCCUGGUGGGGGGGUCUCUAUUGCUGAUGACAGUGGCGACCUGGCUGGCCUUCAAGCUCAACAGCGUGGGCGGACUGCGCAAUGGCCAUUCCAGGCUGACAGGCAGAUGGACUGGGCGUCAGCCAUGGCGGUGA